CUAGUUCUAGAACUAGUACUAGAACUAUAUAAAAUUAUGGUACUACAACAACACUAAUAGAUAUGUUUCGUGGCAUUUCUUACUUACAUGCAGGACAGUUAAUUCAUCAAGAUAUCAAAACUUCUAACAUAUUGCUAGAUGAGCAUUUUGUAGCUCAUGUUGGAGACUUUGGAUUUGCUUAUGAACUCCCAUCAUCUACAUCUAACUCAGGUCGUACUAUGGUCACUGCACCUUUAAUUGCGAGGAGUGAUGGUUAUUACCCCCCAGAAAUAUUAACGGGAAAGGUUUCACCUUUGUCAGAUGUGUAUAGCUGUGGAGUGGUUGUGUUGGAAGUGUAUUGUGCAAUAGUGGCUUAUGACAAGACAAGAGUGGAUCAUGAUUUGGCAACCUUUACAGAAGAUGAAAGGAGGGAUGUAGAAAAGUUUAUUGAUCUUGCUGAUGUUCGUAUAAAACCAGUUUUGUCACAAAAAGAUGCAGAAAAAAUUCUUAAAGG